CUCUCACUGAUUGCAGACAUCCAGCCACCCUCUCCAUUCAUCUCCGGUCUAAACCCUAAACCCCGAAACAGCCAUGUCUCUUUUAUAUAGAAUCCGGCAAGCUCUCGCAUCAAGCCGCAUCGCCCAACGCUACCACUUCUCCACGUCGUCGGUCCUAUCCCCUAACUCCACCACCCCACUCACCUCUAAGGAGAAAACCCGUGCCGCCCUCUCCCUCCUCAAGUCCGAGCAAAACCCCCACAAAAUCCUUGAGAUUUGCCGCGCCGCUUCCCUCACUCCCGACUCCCACCUCGACCGCAUCGCCUUCUCCGUCGCCGUCUCCAAGCUCUCUAGCGCCAACCAUUUCGACGUCAUCCGCCAAUUCCUCGAAGAGGAGCUCAAGUCCCGCCCCGACCUCAAAACCGAGCGUUUUGCAUCCCACGCCAUUGUACUCUACGGCCAGGCCAAAAUGCUCCAACAGGCCGUCGAGACUUUUCAGCAGAUGGACCGACUGGGCAUCGACCGCUCCGUCAAAUCCCUCAAUGCGUUGCUCUUCGCUUGUCUUCUUUCCAAGGAUUACAAGGAGCUGAAACGGAUUUACCUCGAGUUCCCUAAGAUUUAUUCCAUCCAGCCGGAUUUGGAUACAUACAACACGGUGAUCAAGGCGUUUUCGGAUUCAGAUUCUACGAGUUCCGGGUACUCGGUGUUGGCCGAGAUGGAGAGGAAAUCUGUGAAGCCGAACGCGACAAGCUAUGGGAACUUGAUUGCUGGGUUUUACAAGGAGGAAAAGUUCGAGGACGUUGGGAAAGUUAUGAAGUUGAUGCAGGACCAAGGGGUGCACCCUGGUAUAGGUACCUAUAACAUAAGGAUUCAGAGCUUGUGUAAGCUGAAGAAGUCGUCGGAGGCCAAGGCUUUGCUUGAUGGAAUGAUGUCGAGGGGGAUGAAGCCGAAUGCGGUCACGUAUUCGCAUUUGAUUCAUGGAUUUUGUAAAGAAGGGAAUUUGGAUCAGGCGAAGAAGCUCUUUAAGACCAUGGUGAGUAAGGGUUGCAAACCGGAUAGCAACUGCUAUUUUACUCUGGUUUACUUCCUAUGCCAAGGUGGUGAUUUCGAGUCCGCGUUAUUGCUCUCUAAGGAGAGUAUGGAGAAGGGUUGGAUCCCGCAAUUCUCGACGAUGAAAUCGCUUGUGGAGGGACUUGUGGGCAUUUCCAAACUUGAAGAGGCACGGGAGCUUAUUAAGCAAAUCAAGGAGAAAGUCAAUAAGAAUGUUAACAUGUGGGAUGAAGUCGAAGCCGGCUUGCCGCAAUGAGGAGUCCUUGGUAUGCAUGCUGGAUGAGACCUUGGGGUCAAAUCCAUGAUCGACGCACUCUCCGUAGUCUAGAGAUGUUUUUUUGACUUUCAUUUACCUUGAGUUAUUGGGUUACAUCUCUUAUUACUGAAUAUGGAUUUUUCAUGGUGUUUGUUGAACACACCUUGUUCACCCGUUCGGUUGUUCUGUAAUGGGAAAGCACAAUCUUGAUCUCUUUGCUGUGCAUUUGGUUCUUUUGUAAAAGAUCAUAAGCUUUGAUGGCUAAGCCGCUUUUAUAAUGGUCAUGGCAGUUAACCUUUGUACUGCAGAGGCUCGUUUAUGACAACCAUGCUGUACUAUCGUUGCUAUA